UCAUUGUCUACAUAAAGCAUCACAUGCGGCUCUCUCUCGUUCAUAAUUAAAUAUUAAGAUCAGCAAGAAGAAAAAAGAAGAAGAAUGGCAAAAGCUAUGGAGGUUUGGGUGGGAGAGAUGAAAAAGAUGAGUGAGAAGAUAAACCCUAGAAUCCCAUUGAUGGAAAGGAACAAGACAUCCUCUCUUGUGUCAAAACAACAACAAGGAUCAGAAGAAGAAAGAGGACUUAACAAACAAAAGACAUUAAGAGAGAAAGAUCAUGAAGCUGCAACUAUGUCUGAGCUCACUGUUUGUCUUCUCAUGGACCGUUUUGUUCCUUGGUGAUCUUUCCAAUACCCCAACUAGUUCUAGAUCUUUCCUUUUGGUUAUGUGUAUAUAUAUAUAUAUAUAUACAACUUCAUGUAUACGAGUAGAUGCUGUUUGUUAAGAACAUUUUGAAAAAAAAUCCAUGUAAAUCUAUGAAAGUAAUGUGUCUAAGAACAAUAUUUUUAUUUUUAUUU